AUGGCUCGUUUGAGCUUCGUCGUGAGCUUCAUCGCGCUCCUUGUCGGCAUCGUCAGCGCCGGUGCCACCGCUGGCAACUCUGCCGUCCUCGAUUUGCUGCCAUCCAACUUUGAUAAAGCCGUACUCCAAUCCGGAAAGCCUACGCUGGUCGAGUUCUUCGCUCCGUGGUGUGGCCACUGCAAAAACCUCGCUCCCAUCUACGAGGAGCUCGGCCAGGCCUUUGCCUUUGCCUCGGACAAAGUGCAGAUCGCCAAGGUCGAUGCCGAUGCUCACAGAUCUCUGGGCAAGCAAUUUGAUGUCCAGGGCUUCCCCACACUGAAGUUCUUUGACGGCAAGAGCGACAAGCCUACCGACUACAAUGGCGGACGUGACUUUGACAGUCUGUCGGCUUUCAUCUCUGAGCAGACCGGCGUUCGUCCGCGUGUGGCUCCUAAGCUUCCUAGCAAGGUUGAGAUGUUGACCGAGACUUCUUUCAAGGAGGUUGUCGGUAGCGGCAAGAACGUCCUCGUUGCUUUUACUGCUCCGUGGUGUGGACACUGCAAAAACCUCGUUCCUACCUGGGAAGAUCUCGCCAACGACUUCGCCCGCGACGAGAACGUUGUGAUUGCCAAGGUUGACUGUGAGGCCGAGAACUCCAAGUCCCUGGCCGCCGAAUUCCAAAUCAAGGGCUUCCCUACGAUCAAAUACUUCCCCGCCGGAUCCUCCGAGGGCGUUCCGUACGAAGGUGGCCGUACCGAGGACAGCUUAGUCAAGUACAUCAACGAGAAGGUCGGCACCCACCGCGUCGUUGGCGGUGGCCUCGACGAAGCGGCCGGCACAAUCCCCACCCUCGACGAGAUUGUGGCCAAGUACGUGCCAACCAAAAGCUUCGCCAAGCUCUCGGACGAGGUCAAGAAGGCGGCCAAGUCCGUCCAGGAACAGUACGCCCAGUACUACAUCAAGGUCACCGACAAGCUGAAGGACAGCGAGGGUUACGUUAACAAGGAAUUCACCCGUCUCAAGAAGGUCCUUUCCAAGGGUGGCCUUACCCCCGAAAAGGUCGAUGACCUGAUCUCGCGCAGCAACAUCCUUCGUCAGUUCUUGGGGGAGAAGAAGACUGAGGAGACCAAGGAUGAGCUGUAG